AUGGCCUAUGGGUUUCGUGUGAUUUCGGACCUUCCCACAAUUGAGAAUACCCAACCUGUAGAGUCUUACAGAGCAACCUCUCCUCGGUUCUAUAGAGACAAGGAUCAAACUCUGCUACACUACGGCUCCGAUGUUUGGUAUCUUUCUGCAGAAUGUCGUGCUGUAUCAAAGAAUGGCAGCAUUACUUCAGUAAAACUUCCCUUCACUGAUCACUUAGAGAUAUCCUAUCAAAGUCUUCAGAAAGAUGGCACUGUCAUAGUCUCACGUCAGAGCGAUGACGCAGUACUAAUGACUUUCCCGAUCUGGAUAUUCGUGCUUAAUGAGUCUCUUCUGCUUCAUUUUGAUUUCCAUUCUAUUCCUAGCGGAUUAACUUUAUCUGUUUCCUAUGAUUCCGUGGUAUCGUGUGAACUCAACGAUAAAAUGACGAAGCUUUGCCUUUCUGUCGACAAUGGUCCUUUGGGAACUUGUGAAUUCAUAUGCUACCCGCGGGCUGAUGGUCAAGUUAAGUACUCCCUUUUCCUACCCUUUUCUGACAUGCCCACUCGCCAAGCUUUGGAGCUGGCAUAUGCUGGUAUAUCUGAGUGCAUUGCUCAAGAAUAUCGUAGUAAAAGAGCCGACGAUGAGGAUGAUAAUGAAGAUGUACGUGUCACUAGUGGUAGUGAAAUGCGUAUGCUCCCCGAAGAGGUGAUGCUCGACGACAGUGGGCAAGCUGAUGAUGAAACUAAUGAUAUUCUAAUAGAUGCUGGUAGUCCGGAGGGAAACAGUGCUAUGGAUGUAGAACUCGAUGGAGGACAUGUAGCAGGAAUCAAAAGAGGACGAGGAAAUACGACACUUGAUCACAAAUAUAGACGAUUGACUUAA